AUGAAAGGCCGCGGAUGUGCUAAUCAAACAUUCACACUAAAGGGGAACAACUUUAAAUAUCAGCAACCCAAUGUCACAUGUUUUAUCGAAUUUGCAGCUGCCUUUGAUUCAAUUAACGGCGCCUUGGAUAAUGAUAGAACGCGACGGUCUUGGUUGGAUCUCGUUUUUGACGCUAUCAUAAGAUUUAAUAACGAAAUACGUGUUAAUUGUUGUGGUGGGCGAAAAAGAACUCUAACUAGCCAAAACGGUGAUCGUACUAUUAAUGCAAGUGGUAUUUGA